AUGUCGGCGGACGACGGCGUCGACGCGCUCCUGCGCGAGUUCCCCGCGCUCGCGCGCGAGGGCGAUGGCCGGGUGAAGUGCACGCUCACCGGGCACGUCAUGGCCGCGCGUCAGGAAGCGAUCGCGCCGUACGUCCGCGGGAAGAAGUUCGCCGCCGCGCUCGCGCGGAGACGCGAUCUCGAUUCCCUGAAGCAGUUCGCGCCGCACAUCGUUCCCGCGAAGUACGCCCCCGGGAAGCUGUUCUGCAGGAUCACGGGGCGGUACGUCCAGGCGAAAGAGGCCGCGGUCGUGAUGCACAGCGCGGGGAAGCGGUUCGAGAAGGGCGUGGAGAUGCUCACGAGCGGCGAUUCCGGGGCGAAACUUUUGACCGAGCGUCCGCCCGAGGAGGUCGCCGCGGAGCGAGAGCGAGAGGCGAAGGAGCGCGCCGCGGCGGAGAAGCGGAAGAAGAAAGCGCAGGCCGCGGCGUUAGAGGCCGCGGCCGAGGCGAAACAGCUCGCGAAGAAGAAGCGACGGGAGGAGAAGGCGGCCGCGGCCGCGGCCUCGGGCGGCGGCGGCGGCGGCGGCGGCGGCGGCGGCGGCGGGAGAGAAGCGCUCGACCCGACGGCGGCGGCGAAGGAGCGUCUCCGCGUGAACGGCGGGUUCUCCGAGGAGCAGGGGUGCUGGGUGCCCCCGGCGCACGUCAUCGACACGGACGAGGACGACGACAGUGAGGACGACGAGGACGGGGACGAGACGUCGUCUUCGGAAGAGGACGCGAGCGACGACGACGGCUCCGAGGACGCCGACGAGGACGCCGACGACUCCGACGACGACGCGGAGGACUCCGACGACGAGGUGCUGAUGCCGACCGUGCGCGCGCCGAACUUUGCGAAGAUCGCCGCGCGGAGGAAACAACGCGAUGUCGCGAAGGAGGAGCGGGAGGGGAAGAAGCAGAGGAAGUGA